ACAUGAAUGCCUUGUGCUCAUCUAGCUCAUCUUUUCCCGAUCUCAUAGUUGCCGUAUCGGAAAAAUGCCCGGUUUGCUGGAAACACACAGCACACGGAAUGCACUUUGGAGCAUUCACUUGUCGAGCUUGUGCAGCUUUUUUCAGACGUUUCGCUACUACAAAAAAUCUUAAACCCUGCAAAAAGAGCAAUGUUUGUGAGUUUACCAAAAAUGGAUAUACGAGUUGCAAAAAGUGCCGACUACAGAGAUGUUUUGAUAUUGGAAUGAAAAUUGACAAUUUCCAAUUUGAGAGGGAUCCCUAUAAAAGCGGAAAAAUUCCAUUUACUUUGGACACCUACCUUGACAGGCCCAGUUUGAUCAUUUUCACAGCUCUUGCAGAACUUGACUCACGAGACUCGAAAGUCUACGUUGACGUUCAAUUUUUAAUUGAUCGAGCGUUCAGGGAGCUUUUACAGGGCUGCGAAUCACCUAUCAGACAACCGAACAUCUUGAAAAAACUGGCUCUAGGCCUGGAAAAAAUUCGCAGUACUCAGUGCAAUGUGACAAAAAUCCUGUCAAAAUUCGGGAAGGACGAAGUUCUUGCAAUGUGGGAAACUGAUAUGUUGAAGAUUGCAAAAUGGUUCACAUAUUUCGACAAUUUCCAGAAACUUCCAUAUAAUCUUCAGAUCGAUAUGAUCAAGCAAGUCUGGGCUAUUUGGGCGGCAAUGGAAAAGCUGGCAAAUACUGCAAAUGCUAAAAAAAAUUCCACAUGCGAAAGUGCGAAUGUUGUGCUUCAGAUUGACGAUGAUUUGGUGGCCUGUGAACAGUCGAUCGAGAUCGAUCUUUCCUGGUGCUCGAGUUAUAAAACCGAGCAGUUGCAGUUCUUCGACUUUGACCAUCAAGCUCAGCUCGAAUAUUUAGUGCAACUAAUGGUAGAUCUCAAUCCAACAGACGAAGAACUCAGUUAUAUGCUAUGCCAUAUUUGCUUCGAACAUAUCAAAAAAUCAUGUGACAGGUUUACUCAAGAAACCGUUGAGCAGCUUCAAGACACCCUUUCUGAUCAUUUACAUGACUACUACAUAAACCAUGAAAACCGCCCGACUUACUCAGGAAGGAUCGUUUCAAUGAUAAAGCUCAACAAUGCUUUUCAGAAGUACGUCCAGCGGGAACGACUGAAAUGUGAACUGAUGAGACUGUUCAAAGUGUUAUUCGUGGAGUAUUCAAAUCCUGAAUUAUUUGUGGAUUAUUGGUAGUCAAUGGAAGUGCGGAAGAUCUCAAAAAAUUAUGUUUUUUUUUUCUAAAAAAAAAUCAUUUGUUUGUAUCUCAACAUGCUUUAUUAUUACGGCAAAACGACGAAUAAAAUAUUUUAAUUUG